ACAGCCGACUUUUACGUGAAUUGUUCUAUGCAGUCAUUACGUCUCGUUCAUCGAAGCCUCAAGCCAAUACGAUUCCACCUCUAUACCAAGCCAGCAGCAGCGUAUUACAGUAGCACAAGCAUUCGGAACAUGGCGCAAGAGUACAAGCUCAAGGGCAUCUCAUCGCUCAACUUGAAGAACGGCGACAAGCAGGAGGUCGAGGUCGAGGGUGUUGAGGGCGGCAAGGUGCUUCUGUUGAAGGUGCAAGAUCAGGUCCAUGCCACCUCAGCAAACUGCACACAUUUUGGAGCACCAUUGAAGAAUGGAGUUUUGACACCAGAGGGACGGUUGACAUGCCCAUGGCACGGGGCUUGCUUCAGUGUCUCCACCGGCGACGUCGAAGACGCUCCCGCGCUGGACCCUCUCUCCAAAUACGAAGUUUUGGAGAAGAAUGGCGCCGUUUACGUGAAGACUGAUGAAGAUACUCUCAAAGCCAACCGAAGGUUCUUGAACAUAAAAUGCUCGGCAACGAGCAGUGACAAAGUCUUAGUCAUAGGCGGUGGUUCUGGAACAUUGGGCGCAAUCGAAGGCCUUCGAGGAGGCGGGUACAAAGGUGCCAUCACUGUGCUUUCCAAAGAAGGAUACCGACCUAUUGAUCGAACAAAGCUCUCCAAAGCUCUGCUUGCUGACGUCUCCAAAGCUGCAUGGAGACAGCCGGAGUUCUACAAAGACGCGUCCAUAGACAUUGUUGAGGAGGAAGUCAAAGGCGUAGACUUCAACGGGAAGAAGGUUUCGACCAAAUCCGGCAAGACCUACGAUUAUAGCAAGCUAAUUCUGGCAACGGGCGGAACGCCGAGGUGGCUACCAGUCGAAGGUCUGAAAGGGGACUUGGGCAACGUGUUUCUUUUGAGGACGCUACCGGAUACGCAGGGCAUAGUCAAAGCCGUUGGAGACAAUGGAAAGAAAAUUGUCGUCGUGGGCAGUUCGUUCAUUGGUAUGGAGGUAGGGAACUGCCUGGCCAGCAUGAAGAACGAUGUUACAAUCGUUGGCAUGGAACAAACCCCAUUGGAACGUGUCAUGGGCAACAAGGUUGGCAAAGUAUUCCAGAAUCUUCUCGAGAAGAACGGCGUCAAGUUUCAGAUGGGAGCCAGCGUGGACAAGGCGACCCCCUCUAAGAGCGAUUCAUCUAAAGUCGGGGCCGUGCAUCUCAAGGACGGCACCGUCCUGGACGCCGAUAUCGUCAUUGAAGGCGUGGGCGUCGCGCCCGCAACCGAGUACCUCAAAGACAACUCGAGCGUCCAGCUCGAAAAGGACGGUUCCAUCUCGACCAACGAAGCCUUCGAAGUCAAGGGCCUUCGAGAUGUCUUUGCCAUCGGCGACAUCGCAACAUACCCGUACCACGGCCCCGGAGGCAAAGGCACUCCGACGCGCAUAGAACACUGGAACGUGGCCCAGAAUGCCGGGCGAUCGGUCGCCCACUCGAUCAACAACCCAGGCUCCAAGCCCAAACCCUUCAUCCCCGUCUUCUGGUCCGCGCUCGGGUCGCAGCUGCGAUACUGCGGAAACACAGUCAACGGAUACGACGAUGUGGUCAUCCAGGGCGACACGGCCAAGCCGUCGUUUGUGGCGUACUACACGAGCGGUGAAGAAGUCGUCGCCGUCGCUUCCAUGAUGAAAGAUCCUUACAUGACGCAGAGCGCCGAACUCAUGCGCAGGGCCAAGAUGCCGUCCAAGAGCGAGCUCCAGAACGGCGUCGACAUUCUCGAAAUAGGGGUUCCGUCCUCCAUCAAGAUGUAG